GGAACACAAUUCAAAGCGGCGUGUCGAGAAGAAAUUUUAUAUUUAUUUGCUGUAGGAGGAAAUCUAACAAACGACGCGAGUGUAAAAUGCUGGGCAAAAGAUCAGAACGAGGGAACCAUGAUUACAGCAACCUGUCUGUUAAGUUUUUCGCACCCGCUUUUGUUUAUGACACUCUGGAUUUGCGGCGCACAAAUUUAAAUUGCUUGUUUUGGUUGUUCGUCGUUCGACAGUUUGUGGUGACUAGAGUUAUGGGUUCCGUACGGCUUAUAAAGAUUAUGGUAAACAUAUGCUGUUAAACAAACAACAGGGGAAUAACAAUGAACUCUUCAUCUUAUGGUAGAAGAUCCCUUUUUGCUUCUUCGACGGAUAGCAGUCUUCCUGUGAAUGAUGAUGCUGCUGAAAUCCAAGAACGCAAGAGACAAAGUGAACUACGCAGAAGGGAAUCUCUUAUUUUGUCACCAAACAGAAGAAACAGUACAAAGGACAUUUCUCUGUCUGUUCCUGAAAUAUUUGCACAUUACACAAACUGUUUGAAGUUGUCUGCAGAAAAUAAAAUAAACCAGAAGAAUGCAUUUCAUCUGCAGCUUAUUGACUUCAUGUCAUCUAUGCUCAAGAAGAAAGAUGCAAGGAUGGAAAACUUCCAGGUUGCCAGCUGUGCUCUGGAUGCAAGUACAAAGAUAUAUGCUGCUCGGGUUGAUCGUGUGCAUUCAGAUGGAAUGAAAAUGGCAGGCAGUCUCUGUAUGCUUGGUAAAUGUAAGAAUAAUCGCAAGAAGGCCGAAAAUGAAAAGGAAUGCAUAGAAAAUGCAGUGGAAGGUACAAAAAAGGUUACAAGAAGACGAAAGGAAAGAAAAGUUAUCACAGAUAAUUCCCAGUCACUGGAUGCUCCGUUGGUUCAAAAUUAUCAGCUACAUCCAUCAUGUUUAUAUAUGAGAAAAAAGUUUGCCGAUUGUCGGCCAGGAAGUUCAAAUUUACUGACAAGGGUUGAGGUGUAUGAUGAUAGAUGCAAAUUAAAAUUUCUUCAUUCAGAAAAUUAUUUUCCCAAAGGAUGGAAGAACACAGACACCUACAAAGCAUUCCCAUCUAUACAAGGUCUUAAAGAAAUGCACAUCGGCUCCUACAGCUGUGAACCUGCUGAUUUUGCAGAAGGACAUGAUAUUGCAGACAAAGGAAAAAUUAGCUACAUGGGACUGAUUCCAUGUUCUGCAGCUUCUCGGUUUAGUGAAAAGGUGCAGACUGAAAUAACACAUAACAAAAUAAAUGGAGAAGCAGAAGCUGAGUGUAAUGGAUUCUGUUCUGAUGAUGAUGGUGAGGCAGAGGAUGACUGCCAGUCAGCUGUUGGUGUAGCAGCUUGUAUAUCGGAGAGACCACGUGAUAGGAUUAUUGAUAUAACAAAGCAUUUGUCAGCAAAGCCUUUGGAAUAUUCUUAUUUUAAUAUGGAGCAGUUACAGCUGUGGGCUGGACCAUCACACUGGAAGCUGCCAAGGAAGCAAGGUGCUUUUGUUUCAAAGAUGAAAGGCAGAAAAGGGAAGAAGAAAGUAAUUGUGGAAAACAUUUUUGACAUGGUGCCAAACGAUAUAUAUAAAAUACUUGCACUAGGUGGCACUAUAAUGCUAAAAAAGAAGACAGUUCGUGAUACAUGGGAGUCACGUAAAGUAACAAAGGAACUAGAUGUUCACUAUGACACUAAAAACUUUCAAACAUUGUACUUCAAGAAGAACACAAACAUUCUUAAAUUUGGACGAAGCAAUCAUGACAGGGAUGCAGAUGAUGAUUUUGAAGACAAUCUACCUGUGAGUGAAUACAUUAACUUAAAUGGCAAGGAGGAUAUGGAUCCUAAUGUGCACGUUGACAAUAAUGAAGAACCACCGUGUACCUCAAAUGAAGACUAUGUUACCUGUUUACAAGAGGUAUACAACAAUGAUAAUGAAGGCAAUGAGAAGUGGAACUUGCUGUCACCACCACCAAAGGUGGCCCGAAUAGAGAUUCCAUUUGCUAGAGCUGCAAAGAAAAUAGACAUUAAAAAACUCAAAAGAAUUAUAUGGGAAAUUCUUAGAAGAUCUCCGGUUAUUGGGGAAAAUGAUUCAUCGUCAAGUAGCAGCAUUUCUGGUACUGAAAGUUUGGGAAAUGAAGAUGAAAUGAAGUCACCAAUGUGGGCAAGUGAAAUGUAUGAGAAACUCAAGAGCAACGUGACAGGAGAUCUGGCAAAGGACUUGAACUUUCCAAUUGCUUUUAAUUGUUUACUCCAUUUAGCUAAUGAUAAGAAGUUACUUCUCACUGGGAAAGAUGAUUUGUCUGAUAUUUUUGUUACUCAAAUCAGAGAGAGUUCUUAAUUUACAGCGAAAAAGACUGGGAUGUUAUCAGAAGCAACAAAUGUGCUCCUAUGUGAAAUAUCUAUCUGAUGAAUGUGGCUGUGACUAACUAUCAUGAACUGUGUUUUACUUUGCAUUGCAGACAUGUUGGUCAAUUCAGUAUCUGAGAAGAAAUAUGUAUUAUUUUUCAUGGAUAUUUCAUCUGAGAACUCAGGAGUUCUUUUUAUUACUGUGUUAAAAACUUUGUGACAAUAGUCACAGUUGAAACUAUUUAUAUUUGUGGUUAAGUAUGCCAGACUUUGAAGUAGUGUGAAGAAAAUAGACAACAGAAAGUGAAUACUGUUAUAUAGAAACCUUAGGGUGAACAUUUAAUCAAAGAUCAUUACUUUCUCAUAAGGAAGUCAUAUGUGGAAGCAUAAAAUAUGAAGAUAGACUUAAUAAUAUUUAUUGAACUCUUGUAAUUGUUAUUGUGGGGGAAGCAGAAGCAUUCCAAGUUAUUUGAAUAGAAAGUACCUUUUUUUCUCUCUCUUCCUCUGCCCCUCCCUCCCGUCUUUCCAGGAGCAGGAUAAUAAAAGUAAGAUAAGAAUGGGAUGCAUGCUGCUUCCAUAUCUAGGGUCAAGAGAAACAUCAUGUCUACUGUACUGCAGUAGGAAGAUAAUAAUAUAUACAAUGAAGAAUUUAGACUUCAAUUAAAAUGAAAGUAUCAAGGAUUCUUGACAUUGCCAUUUUUUCUUUGCUAUUGUCAAAUAAACACACAAUUCUUAAACUUCAUGUUAUGUAAUUAAGGAUG